CUCUUUGUUUCCAAGUAGUUCCCUGCUAAUAUUAUCAUCUCUUUUUCUUUCUUCCUUCUUCUCAUCCUUUUCCCCCUACGCGUCCCCCAGCAAUUCCUCCUGCCCUCUUCCUUUACCUCAUCGCUGCUGCCCUGUCCAAUUUCGUGAUUAAAAGAAUCAGCGUUUAUAGUCAUCAUGAGUGAAGCUUCAACUACUAUUCCAACACCCACUACUCAAGCUGUCGCCGAGGAGGAUGGCCACAAGGUUUUUGUCGGCAAUCUUUCCUUUCAAACCACUGCGGAUGAGCUUGCCGAGCUCUUCAGUAAACCCAACCCUGUAUUGUCGGUCAAUAUUAUUACCCGUUUCCCUCGUGCACAACGCUCCGCUGGAUAUGGUUUCGUAGCAUACGAGACCUUAGCUCAGGCUGAAACUGCUGCCGCCACUUACCACAAGGCCGAAUUGGGUGGUCGUCAGAUCAAUGUCGAGGUGGCCAAGCCUCGCACUGAGCGUGGUCCUAGAGAGAAGGCCCCCAGACAACCUAAGAGCGAGAACAAGGAUGCGACGGCCGGUGAAGCCAGUGAAACGGCAGAGUUCAGACCCAGGACUGGUCGUAAUAGCCGCAAAGGCAGCCGCAAAGGCAAUCGCAAUAGGGCAGCUCGUCAAAACGAAGGUGAAGAAGGCACAACAGGUGAGGAAACUCCUGCUGACAACACUGCUGCUGCCGCUGCCGCCAAUGGUGAAGCCAAGGAGGGCGCCAAGGAUGACAAGGAGGGCACCAGACGCCGCAGGCGCAACAACCGCCGUAGCCCUAAAGAAGCUACUCGUGGCGACUCUUCAGUUGAAGGCAACGCUACUUCGUCAGCCCGCACUCGUCAGACUGGACCUCCCUCCAAGAACACCAUCUUUGUCGCCAACCUUCCCUUCUCAAUGAACCCUCAAGGAUUAAAGGAUCUUUUUUCGGAGUUUAAAGUUGUCAAGGCACACAUUGUUCGCCGCCGUCCAAUGCGCGGUGGUAGGAGUCGUCCUUCGAACUAUGGAUUUGUCGAGCUAGAGAAUGAGACUGAGCAGUUGAAUGCGCUUAAGCUGAACGAUUUUGAGAUAGAUGGCCGUCAACUGGCCGUCAAAAUUGCCCAUUCUGAGGAACAGGCUCCCGCGAAGGAGCAGAUCUCCGCGAAUGAGCAGGAAGAGGCCACUGAUACUGACGCUACCUCCGCUCCGGAGGUCGUUGCUUAAAACAUAAAAAGUUGGCAAGAAACCACUCAGCUCAGUUACAAGCAUAAAUAGAAAAAUCGUUGUGUCGGAGACGGCGACAGAAUCGAAGAAAGAGUAUAGGAAAAAUAGAUGCUGGGAGCAAGAUUAUUGUUUUCUUUUUAUUUAUCUCAUGGGCGUUCUGCUUUUAUUCUAUCUUUCUGUUUUCUCGCGCAAUAUAUUUUGUCUUUUUUCCAUAAUAAAAAACUUGUACAUUUGUAUAUAAGAC